UUUUCUAGUUUAUGUUUUUAUCUCUUAGCCACCCACACAUAGAGAAAGAAAGCAAGAAAGAAGAGAGAGGAUGGGUGGAGAAGGGAAGGCGGUGUGUGUAACAGGAGGGUCGGGUUACAUAGCUUCAUGGCUGAUUAAGAAUUUGCUUCGCAAGGGUUAUACUGUCAAAGCCACUGUUCGUGACCCAAGUGAUCCAAAGAAAACAAAUCACUUGCUUGCUCUUGAUGGAGCUAAAGGAAGACUUCAUUUGAUCAAAGCUAAUUUAUUGGAAGAAGGGUCUUUUGACUCUGUAGUUGAUGGAUGUGAUGGUGUUUUCCAUACAGCAUCUCCUGUAUUAUUUUCAGUAACUGAUCCGCAGGCAGAACUAAUUGAUCCUGCAAUUGAAGGAACGCUUAAUGUGCUUAAAUCAUGUGCAAAAGUCCAGUCUGUUAAGAGGGUGGUUAUAACCUCUUCUAUGGUAGCAGUUGUAUACAGCAGAAGACCUCUGACCGGUGAUGUGGUGAUAGAUGAGACUUGGCAUUCAGAUCCAGAAGUAUGCAAGGAAAUAAAGGAUUGGUAUGCACUUUCGAAAACCUUAGCAGAGGAAGCUGCUUGGAAUUUUGCAAAAGAGAAUGCAAUUGACUUGGUUACUAUAAAUCCAACAUAUGUGAUUGGCCCUAUGUUACAGCCAACUCUUAAUUCCACUGUGGAGAUGAUUCUCAAGCUCACAAAUGGAUCACAGACAUAUCCAAAUGCAUAUUAUCCGUCAAUCGAUAUUAGAGAUGUCGUAGACGCGCAUAUUCAAGCUUUUGAGGUUCCUUCAGCUAGUGGAAGAUAUUGUUUAGUUGCAAAUAUGCUGCACUAUUCUGAAGUAGUAAAGAUUAUCCAUGAACACUACCCAACUUUGCACCUUCCUGAAAAAUGCGAGGAGACCCCAUUACUUUCGCCCUGUGUCAAGGUAUCCGACGAGAAAGUGAAAACUUUGGGAAUCAACUACAUUCCUUUUGAAGUGACUCUCCAGGACACUAUUGAAAGCUUGAAGGAGAAGGGCUUCCUCAACAUCUGAUUUAGGCUUAGAUGGUGGAGGGAUGCCAAAACAGAUGGAGAAGUUUCAAAGACUGGAAAUUAUGCUUUGCCCAUUGAAAAGUUCAUGAGUUUAAUUAUAGAUUUUACCAAUAAUUUUAUAUUCAAUAGACUUGAAGCUCUUUAGUUUUUUAAAAAUCAACAUUAAGCUUUGCUACUCAUUAGGGCCAAUUUCUUUUCUUUUUUCUUUCACAUGCUUUUGAUUUUUGAUUUUCUCUUCUUUUUUGAUAUCCAACUUUCUUUUCCGAAUGUUAAAAGAUAUUAAAAUUUUAAUAGGUCGAUGUAUCUAUGCAUCAGUUUUUAGAUGCAUCAGUUUUUAUUUAUUAAUUUUAUAGUAAGAUUUACUUUCA